CUUGCACAAUUGUUAAUAUUUUACGUUUCACAACAUAAUCUUUUUUACUCUUGAAAUAAUCAGAAAUACAUUGAUGGUGAUAAGCGUGAUUGGAUUGGCACUGCCUUCCUCUUUGAAGAUUUGAUAUAAGAAAUCACAAAUGCUAAUAUGAAGUAGAUAUUUCUCAAUAUAAUUUAUUCUGUCAGUUAAUUAUUUGAAUUCUUCAUCAAAUUCAAGAUUACAUUAUAAUGUUAAAAAAUAUUAAAAUCUAACAUUGAAAUUAUAAAGAAGAUAUUUUAUAUACUGAACUUAAAAAAUUUAAGUAGUUUGUAUAAAGUCAAGAGCUAGAUAUUCUUUAUUACAGAUACUUGAAAUGCUUUUACUUAAUUUAAGCCACUAUGUUAAAAAAACAGAUUCAAGUACUGAAGAUACUGAAGAUGAAGAAGGAAAAGUCAAAGCAUUAGAUCCUUUUACUGAAGUUGAUGCAUAUAAAGUAAAUGCAAGUGGACGUGAUAUUUUGGAUUAUGCAAGUUCCUCUGAUAGUGAUGUUGAACCUACAACAGUGAAUGAUACUUUAAGAGGAAGUUAUCUUGAUGAUAGUGAUAAUGAAAGUUUAUACAGUGCACAAGAAGAUCCUUUAAAUAUUAAUUUUUUAAGGCAUGCUGGAAUUUUUACUGCUGAGGAGGUGAUCUAUAUUGCACGAGAAAAACUAAUUAGAUUACAAUCACUUUAUAUAGAUCAAUUUAGAAGAUUACAAUACAUAUUAAGAGAGAAAAGAAGAAAAUAUUUACAUGCACUUAAAAAGGAAAAGGAAACAUUAUGUAGUAUAUAUGAUCAACCGAAAGAAACUGCAAAAGAAAAAAAAAUUUAUGAAAAAUUGAAAGCCUUAAAUCGUUAUCAUAGACGUAGUGGAGUUGAAGCUAUACUAUAUAGAAAAUCUUUAGAACGUAGAGCACAAGCAACUGUAGGUCCUACACAAAAAAUACCAAGUAUAUCAAAAUGUAUUUUUACAGAAGGUGGAGUAAAAUGUGGAGAAAAAACCCUUCCUGCUGCAAAACAUUGUCGCAAACAUAUUCUUAAAGAUCAACAUCAAGUUUUGUUUAAAGCAUGUGGUGCAAUUCGAGCAGAUAUAGAAUGUCAUGAGCCAGUACCAGUGAUUUUUGAUACAAAUUGUGUAUUUCAUAUGAAUUUACCAUCUGAAUGUAAAUUGGAAACUAUGAAAUUUAAAGAAUCAAAACCUGAAACACAGGAAAUAUCAGCAAUAGAUAAUCAGUCUAUAGAAAUUGAUGUAGUAGGUGAAAUUCAAGAAAUUGAUCCAGAUGAUGACAUGGCAGGAUUAAUGAGAGAGAUGAGUGAUGCUGCACAUAUGAAACCAGUAUUUAAUGAAAGUUUAAAUAGUGAAGCUAGCACAGAUACAGCGUUUAGUUUAUCAGCUCAGAUGAGUGAUAAAGAUGAUCUCGUCUCUGUUUGAUAAACUAUCUUGUUUGUUAUAAUAUAAUUAUUCUAAUAUUUGUAUAAAACUUACUAUUUAAAUAAUAUUUAUAAAUUUUA